GCCCCCCCGCUUCCUCCUCCCCGAGAAGGUCUGGCGGGGGUAGGGCGUCGGGGAGAUCGUGAUGCCCACAUCCUCCCCUCCGCUUUCCUGGAGGAGAGGCGAGGGACGUUGGCUGAGAGGCGUUGCCGUGUGUUUGGAAGGUGCUUUCUACUGGCGGAUGCCGCUGCCCUGUGCAGCCGUCUGGCUUCUCCUGGCUGCGGUGUCUGCAGAUGUUCUGUUCUUGGGAUUGCUGGCCAUGUGGUCAAUAUAUAGACCAAGGCCUCGUUCAACAGUUUGGGUGCGUUUUAUAACCCUGCUUCCUAGCCACACGCUAGGGAGGCUUGGCAGGCAAGGAACUUACAUUUGCAAACACACCUCCGUGUUAUCAUCCUGAGUACUGCACGGACUGGUUUUGUAUCUUGUACCAGGAGUGUGUUUGCCUUUUUAAAAAAAUAUAUUUUAUUCAUUUUUUACAGAGAGGAAGGGAGAGGGUAGAGAGUUAGAAACAUCGAUCAGCUGCCUCCUGCACACCCCCUACUGGGGAUGUGCCCGCAACCAAGGUACAUGCCCUUGACCGGAAUCGAACCUGAGACCUUUCAGUCCAAAGGCCGAUGCUCUGAGCCAAACCGGUUAGGGCUGUUUGCCUUUUGGGCAGCACAGAGUCUCCUUAGGGGUGGCACUGGAUAGCCCCUCAUUUCGGCUAUUCCUGGCGCACUUUUGUCUCAUUUUCCCAAAACAUGACCUCUAGCCUGGUCUCAGCUCCAAGGCAAGAACAUAACAGUUAAGAACCAUAAUACCCUAGGGCCUAGGAAAUUCUACCACCAUUUGAGUGAUGAAUGAAACAGUUCUGUGUGAUGGGCAAGGUGGGGUCCCUAGGCUGCAGCCAGACUCCAGAGCUUUGCGCUACAUGAAGAGGCUCUAUAAGGCCUAUGCUACCAAGGAGGGGAUCCCUAAAUCCAACAGAAGUCACCUCUACAACACUGUUCGGCUCUUCACCCCUCAUGUCCAGCACGACAAGCAGGCUUCUGUGGACCAGGUGACAGGAACCGCGCCAUCAGUGGACCUGCUGUUUAACCUGGAUCGAGUUACUGCUGUGGAACACCUACUCAAGUCAGUCUUGCUAUAUACUUUCAACAACAACUCAGUUUCUUUCCCCUCCGCUGCCAAAUGUGUGUGCCACCUGGUGCUGAAAGAGCCAGCGGCUAGUUCCAGCAAGACACUCCCUAGAGCUCCACACUCCGUUACCUUUAAGUCACAGUUUGAAUUAAAAAAGAAAUACAAAUGGGUUGAGGUUGAUGUGACUGCCCUGCUUCAGCCUCUAGUGGCCUCCGACAAGAGAAGUGUUCACGUGUCUGUGACCUUUACGUGCGUGAAAGACCAGCUGCAGCCCCCCGCAGCACAGGACAGUCCCCUCAACCUGGCGCGCCCCUCACUGCUGCUGUACCUGAACGACACAAGCGCGCAGGCUCAUCACAGGCGGUAUUCCCUCCACUAUAAAAGGAGCCCUUCACAGGCUCCUGACCAGGGAGGUCUGCCUGCCUGUCCUACAGGAGAAGAGGCUGCUAAGGGAGUAAGAUCUUCCCGUCACCGGAGAGGACAGGAAACUGUCAGCUCAGGAUUGAAGAAGCCUCUGGUUCCAGCUGCUUUCAACCUGAGUGAAUACUUCAAACAGUUCCUUUUUCCCCAAAACGAGUGUGAGCUCCAUGACUUUAGACUUAGCUUUAGUCAGCUGAAGUGGGACAACUGGAUUGUGGCCCCGCACAGAUAUAACCCCCGGUACUGUAAAGGGGACUGUCCAAGGGCAGUUGGGCAUCGGUAUGGCUCUCCAGUUCACACCAUGGUGCAGAACAUCAUCUAUGAGAAGCAGCUUGACUCCUCGGUGCCAAGACCAUCGUGUGUGCCUGCCAAAUACAGCCCUUUGAGUGUGCUGACCAUUGAGCCUGAUGGCUCAAUAGCUUAUAAAGAAUAUGAAGAUAUGAUAGCCACUAAGUGCACCUGUCGUUAACAGAUGAUCCUCUAAACUAAAACCUGGAGCCUCUUUGGCAAAGUAAAUGCCCUGCGCCCACCUGUGCCUUCAUGUGUCGAAUCUCUAAAUAUAAUGCAGUGCGUCUUGUAUAAGGAGGAGUCUGUGUAGAUUAGCACAUUCUGUGGUAUCUGUCAGUGUAAAGGGACAUCUGCCUUUUUUAUUUACAAAUGUAAAUGAGUGUAAUUAUUUUGGUGGGCUUUCCAUUUUUUUCCCCCCUAAGCAGUUAUUUUUUUCUUUUCAUAAGUCUUUUUUUUAUGUUAAAAACUUAAUGAGCAUUAAUUUUGAAUGGAAUUGCAGCUCUAAGUAGACAAUUCAGAUUGUUGUAGUCUUAUUUAAUGGAAGAAUAAAUUCCUGUCAGUGGCAUA